AUGAGGCGGCCUGGUGCAGUACAUUCAGUUACCUGGAAACAUCACAAACGAGAGAUUCAGCUGGGUUCCAGAACUAAAUUUGUUUGUUUUCAUCUCCGGAUUCAUAAGUCCCACCGCGAGAUGAUUCGAGAUUUAAGAAGCUCGGUUAUUCUUCGCUUGCUCAUCGUCGGUUUAUCCAUCGCGACCAGGGACGUGGGAAAAGAUUAUCAACCAUAUUUUCAUAUGUGGUGGCUACGACAACCUGCAGAGUAUAGAAAUACUGUUCAUGAACUCGUCUGCGCUGGAAGGCUGCAAUUCGCUAACGGUGGAUGGACCAUGUCCGACGAAGCUACCGUAUACUAUGGGGAUGAUACUGAUCAGCUCACACGAGGACGUUAUUUAUUGCGCCAACUUUUUGGAAAGUGCGGUCUACCUCGCACAGCUUGGCAAAUCGAUACAUUUGGUCACGCGCGUGACCGAGCUGAUUUGAUGGCACAAGCUGGCUACGAUUCUCUCAUAUUCCAACGAGCACAUUUUCAGGAAAAGUUCCAAAGAGCACGAAAUAGAACGCUGCAGUUUCUGUGGGACACACGAGAACAAAUGGGGACAAAGGCGAGGCAAUUGUUCACUCAUAUCUUUUCAGGUACCUAUUGCUACCCACGAGACAUUAGUUUUGACGAUGGAAGCAUUUUCAUUUCAGAAGACGCUACUGAACUCGCCGUUUUUACAGAGAUUUUAGAGGAGAUGGAAGAAGCAUAUGAAACCAAUCAUCUUCUCCUGCCGAUGGGAUGUGAUUUCUCCUACAAAAAUGCCAACAUUACGUUUCGCAAUGUCGAUCGUUUGAUCCAACAAUUCAACGGACGAACUUUGGGUCCCAGACGAACUGGUUCUACUCCACACCAGCCUGUUACACGCUGGGAGGAAUACUAUAACGAUUCAGUUGAUGACAUCCUCAACAGUGUUAUUUCAGAACUUAUUGGGAACAGUGAAUACCGCUUUACCUACGUUGAGAUGACUUAUUUUCAUAUGUGGUGGCUACGGCAACCUGCAGAGUAUAGAAAUACUGUUCAUGAACUCGUCUGCGCUGGAAGGCUGCAAUUCGCUAACGGUGGAUGGACCAUGUCCGACGAAGCUACCGUAUACUAUGGGGAUGAUAUUGAUCAGCUCACACGAGGACGUUAUUUAUUGCGCCAACUUUUUGGAAAGUGCGGUCUACCUCGCACAGCUUGGCAAAUCGAUACAUUUGGUCACGCGCGUGACCGAGCUGAUUUGAUGGCACAAGCUGGCUACGAUUCUCUCAUAUUCCAACGAGCACAUUUUCAGGAAAAGUUCCAAAGAGCACGAAAUAGAACGCUGCAGUUUCUGUGGGACACACGAGAACAAAUGGGGACAAAGGCGAGGCAAUUGUUCACUCAUAUCUUUUCAGGUACCUAUUGCUACCCACGAGACAUUAGUUUUGACGAUGGAAGCAUUUUCAUUUCAGAAGACGCUACUGAACUCGCCGUUUUUACAGAGAUUUUAGAGGAGAUGGAAGAAGCAUAUGAAACCAAUCAUCUUCUCCUGCCGAUGGGAUGUGAUUUCUCCUACAAAAAUGCCAACAUUACGUUUCGCAAUGUCGAUCGUUUGAUCCAACAAUUCAACGGACGAACUUUGGGUCCGUACAAGCAGACGAACUGGUUCUACUCCACACCAGCCUGUUACACGCUGGCGGUGAACAGAGAGCUUGAAAAACUAGGACGGCUUAACCGUCGCUUCGACGACUUCUUUCCUUAUUCAGACCGUGAAUCAAACUAUUGGGUUGGCUUCUAUACAAGCAGACCUGCUCUCAAAGCUUACGUACGACAGAGUUCAGCACUUCUGACGGCAGUUGAGCAGUUAAACGUCCUCCUGCUUGACAAUGCAAAAUCAACUCCGAUUGACCAUCUCCGACAAGAACUUGGCGUACUUCAACAUCACGAUGCGAUCACGGGUACAGAGAAGCAAUAUGUGGCAAAUGAUUACAUUAGACGCCUGUAUGAUGCCUCACAAACUUGUCAGAAUAUAUUCUCAGAAGCACUGGGUCACCUUUCUGGUGGAACUCAACUUGCGGUAUUCUGCAAUUACCUAAAUUUGAGUGUGUGUCCCGAAACCGUGGUGGCUGAUUCACAAUACAGCUUCACGGUGACCCUGUACAAUCCUUUGGGAUGGAGUCUAGAGGACAUGCUGUGGGUUCGCAUCCCAGUUCAUGUGCCAGACAGCGGAACCCAGUUUGAAAUAGUCAACGUGGAAAAUCCUACGCAGUUUUCAUUCACCUAUCAACUACUCCCCGUUUUGGACCGAACAUGGUUAAUCCCGGAACGAGAACCCCUAGACGGAAAGGCAAAUAUGGAACUGAUCUUCAGUCCCGUUCAAGAUGGACACAGGCUAACAGCAUUGGGUUUUUCGACGUUUAACGUGACUGCCAGGAGAUCCAUGAAGGAAGGCUCAGGCUAUGCAUUCGGUGAGAAAAUAUUCGAUCGAAAGUCAAGUCAUAUGCAAUUUUUUCUGGGCCAUAAUGAACGAAAUAUCAUACUGUGGGUCAAGCACAUGACCAGUGGAAAACGGUUCAAAAUACUAAUCGAAAUGAUGUACUACGACAGUGAUACGGAAUACAAACCUUCUGGAGCUUACGUAUUUACCCCAAAAAGCCAAACAGAAGCUUUUCAUUUCGGGAUGCCGUUUGUAACAGUAACGCGUGGCUCAUGUGUUCAUGAGAUCACUGCACGCUAUGCAAGCUGGGCUACACUUGUUGCGAGGCAUUUUACCGACCAAAAAGUGGAAGUUGAGUGGACUGUGGGUCCAAUAUCGGAUCAAGGCAACACAGUCAGUCGGGAGGUGAUCGUUCGCUACACGGUAGAAGGGGUACCCGAGAUUUUUCCAAGCACUCCAGGUGAAUUCUUCACUGAUUCUGCUGGACGUCGUUUGAUUCGGCGAAUACGGAAGACAGAAUCUGACACCAAUAUGACCGACUCCAUCGCGGUCAACUACUACCCAGUUGUCAACCGCAUUCUGUUGAAAGGACGAAAACCACCAGUAACGCGGGGACAGGAAAGCCAUGAUAGAAUGGGUGAACAGAAGAAGGAUUUACCUGCCUUGGCAUUUGCGGUCUACACCGACAGACCUCAGGGAGGAACUAGUCUGAAAGAUGGACAAAUUGAGUUGAUGGUACAUCGACGGCUCGUCAGAGAUGACAAUCUGGGUGUGCACGAAAUUCUCAUGGAAAAUGGUAUUGGUGGAGAUGGCCUCAUUGUACGGGGACAACACUGGAUCCACUUGGACUUACAAUCAGUGGUACUCAACAGGGAUCGUGAGUUCGCAACAAGAGUGACCAAGCCACCAAUUAUCUUCUUCAACAAACGCCGCAGUUCCGCUCCGAUCGAUCCGCAUACUCUUAGUUGGUCCGGGCUGAACAGUUCACUUCCAUAUCAUAUACACCUUCUGAAUUUGGUUGCGUGGCCACUAACGGAAACCGAAAUUGAAAAGAAGCAACAACUUCUCAUCCGUCUUGAAAACUUUCAGAAAUCCUACACCAAAGGCCCACCUAUGCGACGCAGACCGUACCUUUUACAUUUAUCUUGGCUAUUCAGCCGAAUUCAUAUACAUAACUGCACUGAGCUUAACCUGACAGCAGAUCAGUCGAUAAAUUCCCCACUUACACAGCAAUUGCACUGGCCUGGCAGUGACCUGAAUGACCAGGCGACUGGGUCAAAUUCGAACGUGAUUCAGAGAAGACUGAAUGAAGUAACUUUGCGACUGCACCCGGAAACAAUUCACACAUUUCUAUGCGCUUUUCAGCGCACCUGAACCAACCAACUGACUUGACAGUUCAAGGACCGCAGAAAGGAAAUAUGGGGACUUUCAGUUACUGAUUUUCAUUUCAGUAGACAAGGUUGACUGCGCAAUACAGUAAUUGAUUUUGC